UGACUUUACCUGUGAGAGUUGCAGCCUCUAGUAAAAAUGCUGACGUUAAAGUCGCACACAAAGAAAAUGCAGUUGACGUUCCAGAUUCCGUCAAGCCAAGCGCAACACCAGGGACCAGUCUACCAGGCGUGACCGAGACUCCAGUGGUAGAAGAAGAGAUGUCACAGCUUAGGACAAGGGUUGAGGAGUCCAUUAUUCCAGGUGCGCUAAAGAUUAACGGAGCCGUUCCAAUGAUAAGCGUGAUGCCCCCUGAUUCUCCACCGGCUGAGGAGGAUGAUAUGGUUCAGCCAUACAACCCUAACGUGACCACAUACGAGGAUGAUGACAUUGUCACUGUUCCCCAAAAGAGCCUUGAAGAGCAGUUAAAGGAUUUAGAGAUUGAGGCUGAAGAGAAGCAAGCAAACCAUGUUCAACCUGUCGCUGAACCUAAAUCUCAAGCUGUAAAGCCAUUAGCCUCUUCCAAGCACGGCUGCUCAUGCUGCAAGGUGUUUGCAUUCACAUUCUUUUCCUUGUUCUUGACAUUCGCUUUGUGUGCCUGCGUUGUGAUGUUCUCUAACGUUGACCAUCCGAUCAUGAACGAGGCACGCGCUCGACUGCCCUUCCUUGAGCCGACGCGAGAUUUCAUCCUGCACAAGUUCGAGGAUAUCAAGAAGAAACUGUGA